AUGCUCGGUGGUCGCGUCAAGACCCUCCACCCUUCGGUCCACGCCGGUAUCCUUGCCCGUGACCUCGCCUCUGACGAGAAGGACUUGGCCGAGCAGAACAUCAACAAGGUUGACUAUGUCAUCUGCAACCUGUACCCCUUCAAGGACACUGUCGCCAAGAUCAAUGUCACCAUCCCCGAGGCCGUCGAGGAGAUUGACAUUGGUGGUGUUACCUUGAUCCGUGCCGCCGCAAAGAACCACUCGCGUGUCACCAUCCUCUCAGACCCCAACGACUACCACGACUUCCUCUCCGAGCUCGAGAAGGGCGAUGUCACCGACGCCACCCGCCAGAUGUUCGCCCUCAAGGCUUUCGAGCACACUGCCGACUACGACACUGCCAUCUCCGAGUUCUUCCGCAAGAAGUAUGCUGGCAACGGCAACCAGCACGUCUCGCUCCGUUACGGUACCAACCCCCACCAGAAGUCUGCCGCUGCCUUCAUGAAGGACCAGAAGCUGCCCUUCAAGGUUCUGUGCGGUGCUCCCGGCUACGUCAACUUGCUCGAUGCCCUGAACGCAUGGCCUCUGGUCAAGGAGCUCAGCGCUGCUCUCAAGUUCCCCGCUGCUGCCAGCUUCAAGCACGUCUCACCCGCUGGUGCUGCUAUUGGUGUUCCUCUCAACGAGGUUGAGCGCAAGGUCUACAUGGUCGAUGACAUUGAGGGCAUCGAGAGCUCCGGUCUCGCCCAGGCUUACGCCAGAGCCCGUGGUGCUGACCGCAUGUCCUCUUUCGGUGACAUGAUCGCUUUGUCGCACGAAGUCGAUGUCCCUACCGCCAAGAUCAUCUCCCGUGAGGUCUCUGACGGUGUCAUUGCUCCUUCCUACACCAAGGAGGCUCUCGAGAUCCUCAGCAAGAAGAAGGGCGGUCGCUACCUCGUUCUUCAGAUGGACCCUGAGUUCGAGCCCGCUGCUCAGGAGUACCGUACCGUCUACGGCAUCAACCUGACCCAAGGUCGCAACGAUGCUCACAUCACUCCUUCUGAGAGCUUUGGCACCGUCAUCACCCCCAAGGACUCUGCCGCUCUCCCCGAGUCUGCUCUCCGCGAUUUGACUGUUGCUACUAUCGCACUCAAGUACACCCAGUCCAACUCUGUCUGCUACGCUCUUAACGGCCAGGUCAUUGGUCUUGGUGCUGGCCAGCAGAGCCGCAUCCACUGCACACGUCUUGCCGGCGACAAGGCCGACAACUGGUUCAUGCGCUUCCACGAGCGUGCCCUCAACAUCAAGUGGAAGAAGGGUACCAAGCGCCCCGACAAGAGCAACGCCAUCGAUAUGCUUUGCAGUGGCGUCCUGCCCGCCUCGGACGAGGAGAAGCAUGAGUACGAGAAGAUGUUCGAGGAGGUGCCCACUCCCUUCUCCGCCGAAGAGCGCCAGGCAUGGUUGAGCAAGCUCUCCGAGGUUGCCGUCAGCUCCGACGCCUUCUUCCCCUUCAUCGACAAUGUCUUCCGCGCCGCUCGCUCCGGUGUCAAGUACAUUGCCGCCCCCACCGGCAGCCAGAACGACCAGGCCGUCUUCACCACCGCCGAGAAGCUGAACAUCACCUUUGUUGAGCAGCACAUCCGUCUGUUCCACCACUAA